GUAAUUAAGUGUAAGAGAAUCGGAAAUCUCGGUCGCCCACUUGUUAAGUUCGGUCAAGCCUAUCGAAAUCGCAACACCCUGUACGGUACGUUAGAAUGUGAACAAAAUUUGCUAAAUAAGUGAGACAAAAGCAAUCAGCGACAACACUUCUAGCGCAAACAGGGCAGAUUUACGGAUUACGGCGUUGGCGUGAGCGCCGUAAUUUGCAAAAUGGCAAAGGGUCGACGCUUAGAGGACACGGUAACAGUAUAACAACGUGUAAUUCGCAAUUUAGCGACGCGCGAGACGAGCAACAAUAAGCAGCGAUGGUUCAUCUCGGGGUCGGAGGUCAAUAUUUCAUGGAGAAGAGCAAGUCCUUCACCGGCGACGAUGGGGAGGACAACGUGUCGAUCGAGGCCAAACGAAUUUUAAUGAUGCAGAAACGGGACAUUAUCCUAACUGCAGUCUUCUCGAGCUUGGCCGCGCUAAUUCUGAUAGCGGCCAUCGGAGCCGCGUGCUACAUCUACCACAAGAAGCGUCGCAAGCGCGACGAGGACGAGGAGGACGAUUUUACGGCGGACAGCACGCCCAAAAACGAGGGCGUCCGCGAGAAGAAGAGCAGGCUGAACGGAUUUCUCAGCCUGAAGACGCCGCUCAUCUCCACAAAGACGCUGGGGACUACCGGAAGUCCCCAGGCGAAAUCGCCCGGAAGCAGCGCGGGAGCGUUGAUACCGCCAGAGGCACGCACACCUACUGCAACCUCCAACAAAGCACUACAAAAUGUCAAGGGAGGCGACCAUCCCUCGAUGGCGUUCUUACAGAAUCGCUCGAUAUCCCUUGUCGACAUGUACAUCGACAAUUCGGAGCCAUCUGAAAAUGUCGGACAGAUACACUUCUCUCUUGAGUACGACUUUCAAAAUACAACUCUUAUCCUUAGACUUAUACAGGGGAAAGAUCUACCCGCAAAGGACUUAUCCGGCACCAGCGACCCCUAUGUGAGGGUGACGUUACUUCCGGAUAAGAAGCACCGACUGGAAACGAAAAUAAAGCGACGCACACUAAAUCCGCGCUGGAACGAGACGUUCUACUUCGAAGGAUUUCCGAUACAGAAGCUGCAAUCGCGCGUACUUCACCUGCACGUCUUCGACUACGACCGAUUUUCUCGCGACGACUCGAUCGGCGAACUCUUCCUGCCGCUGUGCCAGGUGGACCUCAGCGAGAAGCCGUCGUUCUGGAAGGCGCUCAAGCCGCCGGCGAAGGACAAGUGCGGCGAGCUGCUCACCUCGCUCUGCUAUCACCCAAGCAAUAGCAUCCUCACCCUCACCCUGCUCAAAGCUAGAAAUCUCAAGGCGAAGGACAUUAACGGCAAAUCAGAUCCCUACGUGAAAGUAUGGCUGCAGUUCGGCGACAAGCGAAUCGAGAAGCGCAAGACGGCGGUCUUUAAGUGCACGUUAAAUCCCGUCUUUAACGAUACCUUCUCGUUUAACGUUCCGUGGGAGAAAAUUAGGGAGUGCUCGCUCGACGUUAUGGUCAUGGAUUUCGAUAAUAUCGGACGUAACGAACUGAUCGGACGAAUUUUAUUGGCAGGCAAAAAUGGUUCCGGUGCGACCGAAACGAAACAUUGGCAGGACAUGAUAACGAAACCGCGCCAGACGAUCGUGCAGUGGCAUCGACUAAAACCCGAGUAAAACGUCAACGGUGGGCAUUUUGGGGUUAUUUUCGCACACGUUUCCGCUCUGAUAUCUCAUGCAACACUUCAUUUUGCUUUAUUUAAAAAAAAAGAAAGUAAAAGUAAGAUUAAGCGAAGACAAUAAUUUUGUAUAUUUUACAGCUAACUAAAGACGACAUUUACAUGAGAUUUCAGUUGACAACAUUGUUUAGCAGUAUUGGAUGUUUUUCGAACUUUUUCGAACCCCACCCCCCGACCGUGUGUUAAUGUCAAAUAAUAGCACUAAAACCAAAAAAGUAUUUUUUGUGAUACCUUAAUUGUUAUAACUGUGAAUAGUAGAUAAGCGAUUUUAACAUUUAGCGAGUAAGUAUUAUCAAGAAAUCUAUCAUCUGCUCAUAGUGAAUUUUGUACCUACUCAAACAAUUAAAGAGUUCUUUUUUUAGUUUUUGAGCACUGAUAUAUACACACACGUAGAUGGUUGAUUAGAGAGGUCGGUCGAUAAAAUUCACUAUGCGCAAAUACUAUACGUAAUAAGUAAAAAAAUGAUUGUUCAAAAAUAUAACCAAAGAACGCUUUAACAGUUAGAUCUUGUAUAGGACUUUUUUUAGGAGGCGUUAAAUGUGAUGAAGCUGAAGAAAAUUAUUUUCGGAACGUUGUUAAUUUGAUGUUUAUAAGACACAUGAAUUUUUUUAUGUUCGUUGCAGCAGCACAAGGAUUGUACUUUUAUCACCGAAGAAAAUUAAAAAUUCAUGGUUUUGAAAUGAUGCGUACCCCGUUCCCCCUAAGAUUAGUGAGAGAUGGUUUAUCAAAUAGUAUACACACCUCCCCUGUAUGAUUGUACAUUAAACGUUUUUUUAUACUGUAGUGCCUGAUGGAAAACGUAUCGUUAAAAGUGCAUAAUAUUAAAGUAAUUCUUGUUUUCAUUCCUAGAGUUUAGGUAUAUUACAUUAUAGGCUGCAGCAAUUUUUGAUAAAUGUGAAAGAGUAGCUUCGCUAAUAUUAAGAGAUUCUAUCGUUGUUUUACAUGUUUUAACAAAAAAAUGGUCGAAGAAUUAUCUCACUGUACCCUAGUCAAAGUAGCUUUAGGUCAUCUUAUUCUGUGGAGAUUCUGAUGGUAUGUUGCUAAGGCGUUUAUGUUUAUACGGUGUUUGGUGUAACGUUUCUAAUUGUUACUAUAAGAGAAAUACCUUAAAUCUAAAUAUAUGUUAGAUUAGCCAUGUGAAAUUUAUGCAGAUGUAGUGGAUCAAUUGACAAAUAAUAUUUAUUUAUUUCAA